ACCCUGUGUUGUGCCACACAGUUAGGCAGCAGCCGCCGUGGAGCAGUAGCCGCCGUGGGAGGAAGCCAUGAAGCACUAAGAGAUGGAGAUUCUGGAUGCAAAAACAAGGGAGAAGCUGGUUUCCUGGACAAGGUGGAGCCCCAUGCCACCAUUGCGGAGAUCAAGAACCUCUUCACCAAGACCCAUCGCAGUGGUACCCUGCCCACCAGUCCCUCCACUUGGACCCCAAGGCUGCCCAUGGGCGCCAUGGCCACACUCUACUUCCGGGACCUGGGGGCCCAGAUCAGCUGAGUGACAGUCUUCCUAACAGAGUACACAGGGUCCUUUUCAUCUAUCUGCUCUUCUACUUCCCAGAGCCGUGUAUCUGUGGCCACAAAUAUGACUUCACAUCCAGUUGGCACACGGUGGUGCACCUCCCCUGCAUCUGUCACUCAUUCCACUACGUCAAACUCCUGCUGGAGACGCUCCUCGUGCGCCACUUCUCCCAUGGCACCAUGCCUUUGCCCAACAUCUUCAAGAACUGCACCUACUACAGGGGCUUCAACACGUGCAUGGCCUAUUACAUCAACCACCUGCCCCCUACUUACGGAGCUCAGCAGGUGAAACUGGCACUCUCCAUCUUUGUGAUCUGUCUGUGCUUGGCCGCUUCUCCAUCCACAUGGCCCUGCGGGACCUGCGGCCCGCUGGGUCCAAGACCCGGAAGAUCCUGUACCUCACCAAGAAGCCUUUCACGUGGCUCUUCCUGCUGGUGUCCUGCCCCAACUACACCUCUAGGUGGGGUCCUGGAUCAGUUUUGCCAUCAUGACGCAGUGUCUCCCAGUGGCCCUGUUCUCCCUGGUGAGCUUCACCCAGAUAACUAUCUUUGCCAAGGGCAAGCACCACCGCUACCUGAAGGAGUUCCAGGACUAUCCGCCCCUGCGCAUGCCCACCAUCCACUUCCUGCUCUGAGCGCUCACACCUGCGGGGGCUCAGCCCCUCACCAGGCGGCAUUCUGGCGGGGAAGAGGGGCCCACAGCUCUCCAGCAUCCAGAAUAAAGCCCGCCUGCCCCAGUCAAAAAAAUGCAACAACAACAAAAAUAGACAAGGUUACCUCAAAUUUGCAACUUAGAGGUAUUGGACUUUUAAAGAUGUGGGUAGCUGGUUCUGACUACUGCCUUUCUGGUGAGACAGGCUACUGUUUAUGGCUGAGAAUAUUGAUUGAAGGCUUGAUAGGGAAAUGA